AUGACUGCAAAUCUGCACUCUGACUUCCAGACUCUUCCACCGAUCAGUUACAAAGAAAACUUGCCUCAAUCAUGGUACACGUUGGAUUCAGUUCAGCGCCAUUUAAAAACUCUGGCGAACGACAGAAAUCAUCAAAAUACCGAAACAGUUGCUGAUAGACUGUCAGCUCAAACCAUUAUCACUUCGGUCAAUAUCAAUAAAGCUCUAUCCGGAACACGCAAUGCGACAAUGUCCACUGAACCGUUGCUACCGGAGACAAUAGAAGUCCCUUGCAGAGUAGAUUCAACUACCAUGUGUGCUCUUUUUGAGGAUCGCCAGUACAAGGAUCAGCGUCCGGAACCGCCAAGCAACGACAGCAACUUGGGAGAACAAGAACGCAUGAAUACAACGACAGCGCACUCCAACUCAACUUCACCUAACUCUCUAGAACCAAAAAUUCUCAUGUGUCGCGAAACGCAAACAUACAAUCCACAAAACUUUUAUCUUUUUCCGGAUGCACUUCUAUUUUCCGACUCUGGCAGUGAGAAGUUGUCUAUGGACAAAACAUGCAAGCAUAAACCGCUAAAGUUAGAAUCAGUUCCACAUCUUAUGCUCGGUCGCCACACCCUACCAGCUGAUGAGAUACCGGCAGACGUAAACGAAAUAUUGAGAAUCAGGUGCGUAAUUAUAAUACCACAAUAUCUUAACUGGCUUCGAUUACUUCCUUCACUUCUGCCGCAACAUACAGAAGUCGCGAACGGCUUCUUUUUAAUCCAUACUCAAGUAAGCCCAUUAGUGAGCCAGGCUGAUGGUCCAGACGGCUUGAACACUUUCAAAAAUGUCAUUGGUGGACAAGAGUGUAAACUUGAAUCGUUUCUGGAGUCUUGA